AUGGGUCUCACCACACCUGCAAUUAUCGUGAUCGUCCUGGUGGGCUGCCUAGCCAUCACGGCUCUCGGUGCCGCCCUCUUCCGGCACUAUAGUCCAAUCGAGGAAGAAGCGAGCUACAGUGCAUCAUACGAGCAGGGACAAUACAUGCGCACGGUGCGAAUGCGCAAUUAUGGACACUUAAAACAAGAAUCGCUAGGCGCAGUGAGAGAUCUCGAGUCACGAUAUCGACCGAGAGUAGAUACCGCUGACGAGAUUUCGAGCCAUCACACUCCCCACCCAUACACACCUCACACGCCACAGGAGUAG